UCUUUACAAAGGAAGAACAUUCAUAUGCGGAAGAAGCAAGAAGCUGGAAAACAAUCGGGUGGAUCGACGAACUGUAACUUUGAAUAAGGAAUAAAAGAAACAGACGACGGCGUGACAUUUGGCCUGCUCAACUAUUUCUGUCUCUGGUGGACGGUUUCCACAUUAAGAAAGGGCAAGAUGGAGUUCCUGUUUGGAAAAAGAAAGACUCCGGAGGAGAUGCUCAGACAGAAUCAGAGAGCGCUAAACAGAGCCAUGCGAGAUCUAGACAGAGAACGCCAGAGGCUGGAGCAACAGGAGAAGAAAAUAAUUGCUGACAUUAAGAAAAUGGCCAAACAAGGACAGAUGGAUGCUGUGAAGAUCAUGGCUAAGGACUUGGUCCGCACAAGACGAUACGUUAAGAAAUUCAUAAUGAUGAGAGCCAAUAUUCAAGCUGUCAGCCUUAAAAUCCAAACCCUCAAAUCAAAUAACAGCAUGGCGCAGGCCAUGAAAGGAGUCACUAAAGCCAUGGCCACCAUGAACAGACAGUUGAAGUUGCCACAGAUUCAGAAGAUCAUGAUGGAGUUUGAGCGCCAAAGUGAAAUCAUGGACAUGAAGGAGGAGAUGAUGAACGAUGCAAUCGAUGAUGCAAUGGGAGAUGAAGACGAUGAAGAGGAGAGUGAUGCUGUGGUUUCUCAAGUUCUGGAUGAGCUGGGUCUAAAUCUGUCUGACGAACUAUCAAGCCUGCCUUCUACCGGAGGAAGCCUUUCGGUUGCAGCUGGGAAGAAAGCUGAACCGCAGCCUACACUGGCAGAUGCGGAUGCUGACUUAGAGGAGAGGCUGAACAACCUCAGGAGAGACUGAGAAAGACUUUCAGUGAAGGUUUUGAUUCACUAAAAUGUAGACUGAUGCAAAGAGGGGAUAUGAAUGCUCUUUUAUUCUGACAUUUGACGCUUUAAUGCGUCCCUUUUGUUUUUCUGUCCUCUUUUGAUGACAUGUGCUAUGAAAAUGUUACCAAACACGUAACCCAAAUGAAGAUGCAAUGCAUCAGACUGCUCCUGUUUAGACAAAACCAUUUAAAGGAGAUAAAUCAACAAAGAAGCUUACCCUCCAAUUCCAACUUGAUCUUUUGAGGAAGUCUUAACACUAUUUCAUUGCUAUAAAAAUCGGUUUAUCACACAUCAUAUCUUAAUUCUAAUAAACAGAUGGUGAUACUAAUAUUUUAUAUAUAUAUGCAAAAUAUAUAUAUGUACAAGAUGGAGUCACUCCAAAGGUAUAUCAGAGAAAUCUCUUUGAAAUACCCAUGCUAUUAUACUAUCAUUAUCUUCUAAUAAUAUUUUUAUUGUGAUCUUUUAGUGGUAAAUACUUUCAUAUAAUAAAUGUGGUGGUACAGUAUAUUUGUUUCUCAAAGUGAUUGAUUUCUAGUCCCAGGCCUGUUCAGUGAACUGUAAACCUUCAUGAACUAAAGUUUGUGCAAGGCAACAUCUCAGUAACUUUUCAUUCAAUUAAAAAAAAUCUUGGAGGCAGUUUUCCAAAGCUUGUUUCGUCACAGAAUAAUCUAAGGAAAUAUUAAAAAUAUUAUCAAUGUAUUUAUCUCAUGGUGAAUCAAAAGAGUUGGUAUAUUUUGAAUAUCUUAUUUUGCAAUUUUUUUUGGUCAAUAAACAUUUUUCACACUUA